AUGAUCUUCCCUCUUACACAUUUUCUUGUGGCUGCCCGUCUGGUUUCUGGAGCAUGCGAAUGCGGUUACUCGAUCAAAAACCCCGGAGGCAACAGCCCAAUAGUGUUCACGGAUCGGCUUGAGACCAAGUUCAGCCAGCUCCAUAACGUCUCUGAAGGGCAUGAUUGGGUAGCUCAACAGUAUACGGUAUCGGCAGUAGAUGGUCGGGGCAACUUCAGCAAAGCAUUCCUACCCACCAAUGUCAACACUCGCGGAACAAAAUCUCGAGAUGAUUCUGGCCUUGAGCUACGUUAUUUCAACGAUACUCAGGAGAUCGAUAUCGAGUUCCUUUCCCGAGAGUUUGAUUACGAUAGUGGUACAUACCUUAUCAACCUAGUUGUCCAGUCCAAGAAAUCCUUGGAGGCAGGCUACGAUGCCAGCAAAACUGGCAGUUUCCAACGAGUCAAGCUAGAUUUCGACCCGACAGACACCUUUCACGAGUAUCGCUUUGACUAUCUUCCAGGACAGGUCUUGUUCUAUGCUGACAGCAAACUACUCACCCGAAUGGAAGGAGGCGACAUGCCUUCUUCUGGAGGUCAUCUGAUUCUUCAGCAUUGGAGUAACGGCAAUCCAUUAUGGUCUGGAGGUCCUCCAAAAGAGGAUGCCAUAGUCACUGUCAGUUAUGUCAAAGCUUACUUCAACUCAUCAAACAGUGAGCGCCAGUCGCAACUGGUGCAACAAUGUCGCGAAUCGUCAGAGGAAACCUCAGUGUGUGCGAUCCCGAAUGGCGACCUGGCAUCACAUGAUGGUGAGGUCGAUAAUGCAGCUGUUAGCAUAAGGAGAGUCGCGCAAGGAAGCAUUGUCUGGGUUUUGGUUGUUGGCCUAAUAAUGCCCUUUCUGCAGUUGGGUCAUGCUUUCUGA